AUGCCUUACUUGCCUGCAAAACGCCUUUAUCUGAGGGGACUGGACAGAGACGUCACCCCCGAAGAACUGUUGAAGGCAAAGGCUACUUUGAAGGCGCAUAUUAACGAAGUCAAGUUUGUCCACAACUACGCAUUUGUCGAGUUCGACUCGGAAUCGGACGCGCGACUGGUGUACAACAUCUUUCGUUCUUCCCCCUUGCUGGGGAAAGAGGUCGUCAUCCAAUUCGCGCGGCCUCUGCGAAAGGAUAUCGCUGCUCUCCAGAAUGACUUGGGCUGGAAGGCACCGACUCUGGUUCGACGACCCAGUCCUCGAGGAACUGCGUCGAGGCAUCCUGUCGUCGUGAUGGGCAUCCCAGAGGAAGUUAGAUGGCAGGAGCUGAAAGAUUUUGGGAGAUCUACCGGAUGUCUUGUUGCCUACUGUGAUCUGGAUCCCAGCAGCGAGUCCAACGGUUUUAUAGAAUACUUCUCCAAAGAGGACGCGGAAUAUGCUAUUCGAACUCUCGACGGUGCUACCCUGGGCGGCCGCAGGGUCCGCGUCGUGCCCUACAGCGAGGCUGUAAGCGAGCGGCGAAGGAAGACCUUCCACGAUGCACCCUUGCCUGCACACGCCAAGGGACCGAACGCGAUGGCGUCCACUAGUUCACCAGAUGCAUGGGGAUACAGUCGCCAAAGCUUCGAAUAUCCUAGCUCCACCUCCGGCGGUGGACACAUCAACCCAUGGGGAGACUAUCGAUUGCAAGCGGGCACAGCCCGCCCGAUCGUCCCCCCUGAACCUCGUGGCGUUACUCUGUUCUACCCUCCCUCCGAUAGAUCGCAGGCUGCCUCGACCAUGGGGGCCAGGCACUCAGUCUCCUUCACAAGCGUGACCUCGGACGAGGAUCCCCAGUACAGCCCAUUGUCGUGUAGAUUCUUCUCUGAUGCGGAUUUCGGUUCACGAUACCACCAAAGCGCUGUUCGGAGCGUGCUGUAGGGUUUGGGCGGCU